UUGGUGACAAGUGUCAACAGUCAAUGUCAAAUAUAGACUUAUGCAGUUUUGAAGCAAAAAAGUAAAGUUUUGGGUUUAAUUGUUUUGCAGUUUCAAUAUUGCGGUGUCAAAAUUUCACUUCGCUAGUGGCAAAUAUGGAUGAUUAUCUACUAAACGACGGCGACAGCGAAAGCGAUGGAGAGAGCGAGGAGGAGCUGAACAUGCAAAGUAGCGAGGGCCAGGCCAGAGUGGUGAUGACGCGAACAGCAGCCCCCGUAAAAAAACAGCAUUUUGAUAAAUCCCUGGCUGCGUCACACUCGUACAUGGGCGGCGGGCUGGUGCCGCUGCGCGGGCGCUCGGUCCUGGAGCCGGGCUGGCAGGGCCGACUGCCCGUGGCGGCGCAUUCGGGCGCCGUCUUCCCCGGCGAGACCGUACCCAUGCUGAUGCCAGACUACGACGACGCCAUUCUCCUCUUCGAGGCCAUUCAACGAGACAAACUAUUCGGCCUGCUGUGUCCAGACGAGACGGGCGGCAUGGUGUCGGGGUACGGCGUGGUGUGCGAGGUGUACGAGGCGGGGACUGCGGGCGCGGGCGAGGCGCGCGGCAACACGGCGCUGUCGUUCAAGGCGCGCGCGCGCCACCGCUUCCGCCUCCUCCACCCGCCCGACCACCCCGCGCCCCUGCACUCAUACACCAGGGCCGCUGCCGGAGGAGGCGGUGGCGCUGUCCUUCUGGGUCGCCUCCAACCUGACGCUGUCGGCGCGCGACCGACACGCGCUGUUCGCGGUGGACGACGUGCUGCUGCGCCUGCGCUUGGAGCUGCGUUUCAUCGGCCGGAAGAGCGCGCUGUGCUGUGCGGCGUGCGGCGCGGAGAUAGCGCGGCGCGACGACGUGCUGCCCAUGUCCAGCGAGGGCGUGCACUCCAACUACACCAAUUCAGGCGGGUACAUGCACGACAUCGUGACGGUGUCGCGCGCGCGCGGCGUGGUGCCCAGCGGGCGGCGCUCCGCGGAGUUCUCCUGGUUCCCGGGCUACGCCUGGACCAUCAUCGUGUGCGGCGCCUGCAGGACGCACCUCGGCUGGCAGUUCGACGCGCUGAGCCGCAGCCUGAGGCCGGAGUACUUCUUCGGUCUGUGCCGCAACUACGUGCAGCCGCGCGCCGACGCCGAGCCCGACUGCGUGUGAUGCACCUAUGUACCUAUGUACCUACAGAUGGAAAAUCACCACAAGCAUAUUUUAAAUAAUCAUGCCCAAAAAAAUAUAAAUAGAAAAAAUAUCAUUAAGAGGAAUUCAAUUUUUAAGAUCAUGAUUUAUAAUAGUAGUAAUUAUUACGAAUUAAUGUAUCUUUAUUGUUAUAACUACAUAAAAGCGGCUGCAAUCGCGUAUGGAGGCCUUCGUGAUCAGUUCUGCGAGGUGAGAGGUGGCAGAGGUGGUGAGAGAUGGCGAGGUGCUACGUGACUGCAGCCGCUUCUAUCUACUUGUAAUAACGUCUCACAAAAGAUUAGGUAGUUUCAUUUUAUAGUUGCAAUUGAAAGUUAAUAUUGCUAAAUGUAAGAGUCAAUUCGGACUGAAAUGAUUCGACGUAACGUGUUACGCGCACCAGGCGCAUGGUACGCGCACCAGGCGCAUGUUACGCGCACCAGGCGCAUGUUACGCGCACCAGGCGCAUGUUACGCGCACCAGGCGCAUGUUACUGCGCGUUAAAAAUGUUCAUUAAGGAUUUUCUUUAAAAACAAGAAUAAAAGUGUACAAAUAGUAA